GACGUUUCCCCAAGAAUGUGAAGGUGGGGCGUUUUGCGAUAUUCAGGAAAUUGUCAUUUUUCUAUUUAUCUCAGAGUAGAGAUGUACAAAUGUAUUUCGUUUUUUUUCUUAGCGUGCUUACACUUCUAAGAACUCUUUGAAUGAUUCCCCAUUUAACAUAAUGAUGACGAGAAAACCCAACCAACCUCAAUCCCCAAAGAGAAGAGGAAAGGUCCGUGCUAGUGCCAGUGGGCAAAUGGACUCACUGGACAACAAUACCAUGACUGACUCAGAGACAGUUCCUCCAUCACAAAAGAGGCACCUGACCAUGAUGCAGCAUGGAGACAACCUCCUCAAGUUUCUAAACGAGGACCGAACGAAGCAGAGGUUCUGCGACGUCUCCGUCAGUGUGGGCGGGAAGCGCUACAGGGCCCACAAAGCCAUGUUGGCGCACGGUAGCAGCUACUUCCACGCCGAGCUGACCAAAAACCCAACCGCCGAUCACGUGAUUCUCGACCACGUGGAGGAUUCCGUGUUCCAACACUUACUGCACCUCCUUUACACGGCCGAGUGCGUCAUUCCCGAGAGCGAGGUCCCUGCCCUGACUGAAGCGGCCGGCUUCCUGGACAUGAUGGAUGUAGUGAAGCUCCUGGCAGGAGAGGGGGAUGGCCGGCCAGUGCUUGCCCGAGUGGAGGUUAAGUCCGUGGGGUAUCCAAGCUCAGAGAAGACCUCUAUAGCUUCUGACCUUCCAUCGGACUGUGUCGGGGUCCAAAGCCCAGUCCAUUCUGGUGCCCACCAUUGUUCGUUCUGCAGCCGCACGUUUUGCUACAAGAAGUCUCUGGAGAACCAUUUAAACAGGAACCACAGUAGCAACACCGAGGUAGACGCCAGAGAAAAGGUGGUCAAUGAAGAGGUUACUACCAUGGUAACCACAACCCGGAGGUCUGCCCGCAGGAGGAGAGUUCCCGCUAAAUUGGAGAGAGGUGACGCGGACAGCUCCGGCGCAACAGAGGGGACGCUACAUCAAGACCCCGCUAGUCGAGACCCAACCACCACAGAGGAAGACGAGGAGGAAGAAGAAGAAGAUGGGAGAAAACCAAUGCACAUAUCCGACACAGGAGAUGCACUCACCCCAACCGAGGGUGAGGAGGCGGAAGAGGAGAGGGAGGAGGAGGAGAUGGUGGAGGAACGUCAAAGUGCUUUAGUACGGAGAGCAAGAGAGAGCGGUGACAGUUCAGAGGUGGAGACAACAGAACACCACACAGUCAAUGAGGUGGAGGUAUAUAGUCAGGCUGCCAAUGGUUCUAACUAUGGAGCAGUGUACCCAGAGGGACUGGCUCCUGUCAUCAUCCAGAGCGUAAGCAAGAAGACGCUCAAGUGCCCCAAGUGUGACAAGACCUUUGACCGCACAGGGAAGUAUGAGAGUCACACCAGGGUACACACGGGAGAGAAGCCCUUCCAGUGUGACGUGUGUCUGCAGUGUUACUCCACCAAGUCGAACCUCACUGUACACAAGAAGAAGCACGCCAGUGACGCCCCCUUCCAGAAGAAGGACCACAAGUGCUCCUUCUGCAACAAGCUACACGCCAGCAAAAAGACCCUCGCCAAACACGUCAGAAGGUUCCACCCGGAUCACAUUCAGGAGUUCCUGGCCAUGAGGAGGAAGAAGAACGAUGGAUGGAAGUGUGAUAUCUGCCACAAGUCUUUCACACGUAGACCCCAUCUGGAGGAGCACAUGAUUCUACACACGCAAGACCGACCCUUCAAAUGUGCCUUCUGCGACGACCACUUCAAGUCCAGGUUUGCCCGCUUGAAGCAUCAAGAAAAGUACCAUUUAGGUCCAUUCCCAUGUGACAUCUGUGGCCGCCAGUUCAACGACACGGGUAACAGGAAGAGGCACAUUGAAUGUACACACGGGGGCAAGAGAAAAUGGACCUGCUUAAUCUGUGGGAAGUCAGUGAGGGAGAGGACAACGUUGAGGGAACAUUUGCGGAUUCACAGCGGAGAGAAACCUCACCUCUGCAGUAUCUGUGGACAGAGUUUCCGCCACGGCAGCUCUUAUAGGCUUCAUCUUCGAGUCCACCACGACGACAAGCGCUACGAGUGUGACGAAUGCGGAAAGACGUUCAUACGCCACGACCAUCUGACCAAACACCAGAAAAUACACUCGGGGGAGAAAGCCCACCAGUGUGAGGAGUGUGGGAAGUGUUUCAGACGUCAUGAUCACCUGACCGUCCAUUACAAAAGCGUCCACCUGGGAGAGAAGGUGUGGCAGAAGUAUAAAACAGCUGUGCAUCAGUGUGAGGUCUGUAAGAAGGAGUUCAAAGGGAAGUCCAGUCUGGAGAUGCACUUCAGAACACACUCAGGUGAAAAACCUUACCGAUGCCCCGUGUGCCAACAGACGUUCCGCAUUAAGAAGACCCUCACCAAGCACAUGGUGAUCCACUCGGAUGCCCGCCCCUUUAACUGCCCGCACUGCAGUGCCACCUUUAAGAGGAAAGACAAGCUGAAGUAUCAUAUGGACCAUGUACACGGUGCUAAGUCCACUGAGCAGCAGCACCACCAGCAGCAGCACCGCCAGCAGCCUCCGGUGGUGCUGACAGAGGAUAAGAUGGUGACUCUGCCUUAUAAUACCCACGGCCCCUCCAAAGUGUACCGGGCAAAACCCAAGACCGUUCUCCAGAACGUCCCCUCCGAUGUGUGUGUGCCUGUCACACUGGUGCCCGUCCAGAUGCCCAGGGUGGUCUCGGGGGUACAGGGUGACCUGAGGGGACACGUAACCUGCCCGCCCCAAGGUCAGGGGCAGCAGCAGACAGCUGGGGGGUACCAGACUGCCACAGAGCUGGCGUUCCUGGAGAAGUACACGCUUACCCCCCAGCCGGCCAACAUUGUUCACCCGGUGCAGCCUGACCAGAUGUUGGACCCCAGGGAUCAGUCGUACCUGGGCACCCUGCUGGGCCUGGACUCUGCCACCCCCGUCCAGAACAUCUCCAACUCGGACCACGUCACCCAUUGAUAAUGCCUCUCUAUACUUCCUUUUUGGCAACAUUUUAUUUAAAGGGUACCGACAUAAGGACAUUAUAACACAUUUAUAACCCAUACAGUACACAUUUAUAACCCAUACGAAACUGUAUAAGCCCAUAGAGGUAACGUUUAUUUGAAGGGUACGGUUGUUCACAAAAUGCUCAUGCACUGCUUAUGCAUGGCUUAUGUAUAGUUUAUGAAUGGGUUAUGAAUCUGUUAUGUAUAGUUUAUGAAUGGGUUAUGAAUGGGUUAUGUAUGGGUUAUGAAUCUGUUAUGUAUGGGUUAUGAAUGGGUUAUGAAUGGGUUAUGAAUCUGUCAUGUAUGGGUUAUGUAUGGGUUAUGAAUCUGUUAUGAAUCUGUCAUGUAUGGGUUAUGUAUGGGUUAUGAAUGGGUUAUGAAUCUGUUAUGUAUGGGUUAUGAAUGGGUUAUGAAUGGGUUAUGUAUGGGUUAUGAAGUUUUUAUGGAGCUAUACUUAAAAUAAAAUGCGAUCGUCCUGCUCUUUUAACCUCUGCAGCUUAUUCAGGGGCGAACGCUCUGAUAGAAACAGAUGGUGUCGAACAGGUCUAGUUGUCAGCCGUGUGGAACAGGGAAUAUCAUCAGCUCCAUUUGUGAUAUUUAUAUCUGCGAUCGUCCAAACGUUGCACCACCUUGAUUGAGCCCCAAGUCUUUCAUCAUAUUGGGUUCAAAGAGCACUUUUUUAAAGUUUCUCUUGUCACACAAAAGCCUAAGAUCUCUGUCAUUCCAUAAAUGAGUGAGAGUGAGUGAUGUAUAUGACAGGAGCCUGAUUGAUUACAAAAGGUAAUUCCAGAACAGGAUGUCUCAUUUUCCAAAAAGCUGGCUGUAUGUCUGAAUCUUACAGGUGUAAUCUGGCUAUUUAUUCACAAUUUAAAUUGAAUUAAAGUAUUAUACAACACAUUUA